GAUUUAUAUCUAGGUCGUAGAUCGCAUCUUUUCUUCCUGCAGAUUGAUUUAUCCAGAAAUUAGGGCAGCUCAUCUUUGGCAGUACACAUCACAUACUUGCAAACCAUACUUCUGAAUAAGAUGAAUCCAGCUCAAAAAGAGAUGAAUACGAAGCAGACAACAUCUCUAGCUACCAGUUCAACAGAGAGCUCCCUGAUCGAUAGUUCAACGGAUCUUCCCUUGCUCCUCGAUAUGCACAGACGAAACCAAGAGGUCAAAGCUCUGCUUACAGAUUACAACUCAACAUUACAACGGUGCAUUACAAAACUUGAUAAAGGCCUUUCCGGAAAGAACAUCACACGUCCGGAUAAGAAUCUACCCAGGAGUUCGAGCUGAAGAACCCCAUGCUAUUGCCUACCCUAACCCUGGAGGCAACUACUGUUCAAGAU